AUGAAAGAACAACAGGCUGAUUAUGCAGAAUUCGAUCAAGCACCAUCCUCCUUUGAUGAAGAGCUGCAACAAGAAGAAGAUCAACCCAAAAGCAUCGGGCUCCCAUCACUAGGUCAAGGUGCCCUGAGUGGUGAUUACAAUGUUUUGGAUCAGCAGGAUGGAGGUCAAGAAAGAGAAGCAGAAGUUGAGCAGCAAGGCCAAGAAUGUGUACUUCAUCUUUCACUUCCUGGCCCACAAAUUCUGUAA